AUGUUGGGGAAAUUGAAUUAAAAGUUGACAUGGAUGGUUGGGAUAACAAUAGCUGCAAUAGGGGGAAGUUUGUUAUUUUGGAAGAGACAGCCAAAACUGAAUUAGGAGACUGAUUUGUCUGAAUUCUCUGAGGAGUUUAAGGAGGCUGCACGAAAGGGGAGAACUUUGGUCGGUUUGAGUUAGCCGGAUCAAUUGUGGCUCUAUAGUUUAUACAAGUAGGCGACUGUGGGGGAUUGCAAUAUUCCAGAGCCUAUGCGUUUGCAUCUCUAGGAUCAUGCCAAAUGGACUGCGUGGUCGAAGUGUAAAGGGGUAAAGAAGGGAGAUGCCGAGAAGUUAUACAUAAAAUAAAUACAAUAAUAUUUAGAGAGUGGGGUUGAGUGCGAUACAGGGAGUGCUCAGAAUUCGCAAUUCGGAAUGAAGGUGAGUACGAUGAAGAAUGCGGAACAUGACACUAAUGAGGCAUUCAUAGAGAAGAUUAAUAAGACUGGGUAGACAAUAGAAUAGGAGUUUUAAUUGAAUGAGAAGGAACAACAAAUAUUUUAGGAGAUUUUGGAUUCACUUGAAAAUACUGACAAAUUGGGGGAAUUGCUGUAGACUCACAAUGAUGUGAAAUAUUUGCAGAGUGAGAAUCAACAAAAAAUUAAAUUGAUUCAUGCUGUGGUGGACAUUGAAAAUGUUGAAGCUCUGAAAUUGUUGAUUCCUUAUUACAAAUAACACAAUUUGAUGAACGUAUAGGAGAGUGUGUCUGGGAUGACUGCCUUGCAUUAUGCUUGUCUUUCUGGGAAUCAGGAGAUUUUGGAAUUGUUGUUAAAAAAUGGAGCUGAUCCAAAAAUCAAGGACUUUUCUGGAAUGGAUAGUUAUGAAACUAUCGAUGCUGAAAAUAAAUAGUGGUUGGAAUAAUUGUGAAUAUUAAAUGUGCUUGUAAUAAGUAAAAUUGCCACGUAUAUAAUAUA